GCCAAGAUAUACACCAAACAACUCCCGAGACUCCACGCUGAAGACGCGACGAACAAGACACUUCCGUACUACCCCAUUGCGACAAUCGAAGGAAAACAGACAUCCAACCCCAUUUGGAACCAACACCGUUCAUACCUCAAGACACCCUACAUAAAACGCGACAUACAAGCCAGCCAAAAUGCUGCUCGAAGAAGACCCCUCCACCCUUAUCCGGCACACAAUAGCCAACUUCAACAUUGCUCCCGACAAGGCCGCCGUGGCGCGCGUGUCCGAGUCGCUGUCGACGCUGCAGCAGGCGCGGGAGCUGCGGGUGCGCGAGGCCGAGUCUAGCUUGCGCAAGCUGGCGCGGACGCUGGGGACGCUGUCGGCGCAGCACGCCGAGCUGACGGCGUCGCACUCGUCGGCGCAGCACGCCUCGGAAAUUGCCCGGCUCGACACUCAGAAAUUCCGCAUCGCAAAGGCCGCCUCGGACCUCGAGAUGGAGACGGAGCGCCUGCAGGCCCAGCUCGCCGACCUCCACGCCCGCCUGCAGGAGCUCGAGCUCCAGGGCGUCGAAGCAGCCGCCGACGGCGCCAAUGGCGGCGCAGGAGGCAUGGUGGAGGAUGAGGUCCUGUUAAGGCUCAAGGUCUACAGGAGCCUGGGCAUCGAGAUUGAGCGGGACAGCAAGGACGGCGAGUUCAGCCGCGUCGUGGUCAGGAAUGACCGCAAGGGGGAUGUUCAUGUGGUGAAUAUCGAUCGGAGGUUCUCGCGGUUUUGGUAUGCCAACUACUUUUGGCAAAGUCUUUGAUUACCUGGCCGCUUUGCACCGGUGUACGGGAAGGGGGCGGAUUAUCGGAUUGACGGCGUUCUGGAGUUUGACUGGAAGGGGAGGACAUUUGCACACACUAUACCACUGGGAUGUUUGCAGGGUUGGAGGAUGUGAUCGUGGGCUCUGUUUCGCUGCUAUUCAUCGCUCUCGCGUGCCCAGACCCGAAAU